GGAAGCUCUCCCGCCCUUCCCCACGGUCCCGUCGCAGCCUUCCGACGACUUCUGGUUCGACUCACUGCCACUCUCGCGCUUCAAAACAGCUGCCGCUCAACACCAUUCACAAGUCUGGGGCACCCUCUCGGCGAGGCCGUACUCCUCGUGCGAGUCACCAGCUGCACACCUUUGUUCGAGGACAGCAACGGUAGCAAAAGGCCGCCCCCGCAGCCUGCGCCCCGUCCCGCCAGCCACGACAGGCCUGGCUCUUGACACCCUACAGCACAGCUACUAACACCCGUUGCGUGUCAACUCCACCAUCGUUCCUGUUCCGCUACUGGUGCCUGUCUUCUCCCACAUAAUCUGUCAGUCACAAUAGUCCGUCAUGGAUCAGUGGCAGAGCUAUCAAGAUCCUGCAGGCGGGUCCAGGCGGUACAACGCCAGCAACCAAGGCACUCCUGGGCGCGACUACAGCCAACAGGCCUCUUCUGGUUACAAGUACGACCAGUACCAAACUGUUGGCAAUCCUCUCUCUUCACCAAACAGUACCACAGCAUCACAGCCCCGCGACGGCAACGGUGACGUUCCAAUGCACGACGCGCACGACCCUUACGGCGCCACAAAGUACCCUAUCCGACCACACCAUCAAUCUCACUCAUCGAGCAGCCGCGCUUCGACACUCCAUUCACCGCAGGAGCCUUCUGCUGCUGCACAAAGAUAUUCGCCCAUGGAGGUUCUAUCACCCAACUCGCCGUACGGCCAGAAGGGUGUUGCGAGCCAGGCCCAAUACUCAACACCACUCAGCCAACGGCAAUCCCCCACACGUGCAGAAUAUCCGGCGCAGAGCCCUUACUAUGGCAGUCGCCAGGCUCCCCAACUCCCCCCUUUGUCUCCUUAUUCUGGUAAUCAAGAUAGCUUCUCCUCCAUCAUGAAUUCGGGAGGACUCGACGGCAGCUUUAUGAAGGACCUUAAUUCCAGUCGGCAUGUGAUGCAGCCGCCUCCGGAGAAGCGCCCGGUGCCUCAAUUCAAAAAAGUCGGCGCUAUCUCCGAGUUGAGGCCGCGGGUCAACUCACAACCUCCCUUUCGCCGCGCCAACCCAGAGGGAGGGUUCAUAAGUCCGUUGCAAGCGCUGACGUGCCAUCUACCUUCGACGUAUCGCAUCUGCAACCCCAACUUCAAAUACGAAUCGUCCCGCAACCCCCGACGGGUUUUGACGAAGCCAAGCAAGGGUACCAAGAAUGAUGGUUACGACAAUGAAGAUAGCGACUAUAUACUCUACGUGAACGAUAUUCUUGGCUCGGAGGAAGCCGGUCACAAAAAUCGUUAUCUUAUCCUCGAUGUCCUUGGUCAGGGCACUUUCGGCCAAGUUGUCAAAUGUCAGAACCUCAAAACCCAAGAGGUCGUGGCUGUCAAAGUCAUCAAGAAUCGUACCGCGUAUUUCAAUCAAAGCAUGAUGGAGGUCUCUGUUCUCGACCUGUUGAACACAAAACUGGACAAGAACGAUGACCAUCAUUUGCUGAGGCUCAAGGACACAUUCAUCCACCGCCAGCACCUUUGCUUGGUCUUCGAGCUGCUCAGCGUCAACCUUUACGAACUCAUCAAACAGAACCAGUUCCGCGGUCUUAGCACGACCCUUGUCCGCGUCUUUGCACAGCAAUUGCUCAAUGGCCUUGCGCUCCUCAACAAAGCACGUCUCAUACAUUGCGAUCUCAAGCCCGAAAACAUCCUCCUGAAAAAUCUGGAAAGCCCCAUUAUCAAAAUCAUUGAUUUUGGAUCCGCCUGUGACGAACGUCAGACUGUCUACACAUAUAUCCAGUCACGCUUUUACCGCUCCCCAGAAGUCCUGCUCGGAUUGCCAUACUCGUCAGCGAUUGACAUGUGGUCCUUGGGCUGUAUCGUGGUUGAGCUGUUCUUGGGCCUUCCCCUCUUUCCCGGCUCCUCCGAAUACAACCAGGUGUCAAGAAUCAAUGAGAUGCUUGGCAAUCCUCCAAACUGGAUGAUUGAGGUUGGCAAGCAGUCUGGCGAUUUCUUCGAGAAAAGGCAAGACGAAUUUGGCCGCAAAACGUAUCACUUGAAGAGCAUGGAGCAGUAUUCAAGAGAGCGUGGUACCAAGGAACAACCAAGCAAGAAGUAUUUCCAGGCCAGUACUCUCCCGGAGAUCAUCAAGUCUUACCCCAUGCCACGGAAGAACAUGAAACAAAGCGAGAUUGAACGAGAAAUGAACAAUCGAGUGGCAUUCAUCGAUUUUGUUCGGGGCUUGCUCACCAUUAGUCCAUUGGAAAGGUGGUCUCCACAACAAGCCAAGCUGCACCCCUUCAUCACACAGCAGAAAUAUACUGGGCCUUUCGUCCCUCCCAUGAAUCUGAAGUCCAGUUCACUGAACCGCACUCCGGCGCCCGGCACACAGCAGCAACAGCAAGCUGCCGAGCUUAGCAAGCAAAGGGCGCAGGCAGCCCAGGCUCAAGCCCAGGCUGCCGUGCAGCAAAGCGCCUAUGCUAUGCAGCCGAAUCAGUAUCCGGCCUCGCCCCAUGCGCAGAACCCCGUGUAUUCCAACAACGGCAUGUACUCACCAAGCGCAAGUCAUUCGGGAGCCCCUCCAGCAUACGGAGCUCAACAGCCUUCGUAUGGGCAGAUGGGCAUGAAUCCACCACCUGCUCAGAUGCCGGCUGCCAAUUACUCGGGAGCUCCUCAACCAAACCUCUAUCAGCAGGCUACUGUACGAGCUGGACGACAGCGCGCCUCCACCAUGGAUCAGCAGCAAAGCGGUAUCCCGGCAGCCAUACAGAGAGUUGCUAGUCAUCUGGACCCGAGCCAGCCUAUACGACUCCAGCCAAGCCCAGCAUACUAUCCUCCCCCGUCAGAAAGUGGGCUCGGAUUGGGAGAUCAAGGUGCUAGUAGAGUUGCUGGUAGGAGGGAUAGUAGGGCACAACGAGGCGGCGCAAGGGGCAACAGAGAUUUCAUCCGGAACCUUGAAGAACGAACUUUGGAGGAGGGGUACAAUGGGCAAAACCCAUGGCAUUGAGGACAGCAUGGUUACCUUGGCACUUGAACGCACCGGUGUCUUCAUAGGUUGGCAGACCACACAUUGGUCG